ACAGCCCACGCAGUCAAGAUGCGGUACAUUUACUCCGAGGAACGGCUGCCUAUCCCCGAGAAUGUGAAGGUUCACAUUCGCUCGCGCAUUGUGACCGUUGAGGGACCCCGAGGCAAGCUCGUCAAGGACCUCUCCCACAUUGCCGUCACCUUCGGCCGCCCCGAGAAGAAUGUCAUCUCCAUUGAGAUGCACCACGGUGUCCGCAAGGGAAUGGCCUCCCUUCGUACCGUCCGCACCCUCAUCAACAACCUGAUCAUCGGUGUCACCAAGGGCUUCAAGUACAAGAUGCGCUACGUCUACGCUCACUUUCCCAUCAACGUCAACAUUGAGAAGAACCCCGAGACCGGCCUGCACGACGUUGAGAUCAGAAACUUCUUGGGUGAGAAGUACGUCCGCCGUGUGACCGCCCAGCCUGGCGUUGAGGUCAUCACCUCCCCCAACGUUAAGGAUGAGCUCCAGAUCUCCGGUAACUCCCUGGAGGGUGUCUCCCAGAGUGCUGCCGACAUCCAGCAGAUCUGCCGUGUCCGCAACAAGGAUAUCCGUAAGUUCCUUGACGGUCUGUACGUGUCGGAGCGGGGUAACAUUGUCGAGGAGUAAACGGUGGUUGUCCGCCUUGGUGGGUAGUGACGGAUGUCUGGAGAAUCUCUUUUUUUCGCCUACUUGCAUAGGGAAGCAACGCGGAAUUUAAAACCAAAAUCAUGGAAUUCAAAUGCCCCCCCCCUUGACGUGUUUACGGAUCGGGAUGA